UAAGAAGUUGUACUUUGUGAGAACUAGUAAUUUAAAACCAUGAGAGGUUUUCAGAUUGUUGGAUUGCUUGGAUUGUUUGCACUCCUUGUAAGUGGAAACAGCUCGUCUGGAGAAGAUACCACUACUGAUCUAACAACAGAGGAAUCAACCACUGUGGAGGAUACUACGGAGAUUCCAGCCACAACACUACCACCUCCAGUCCUAUGUUCUGAUGAAGAUCUAUUUCUCCCAGCACCCGACUGUAGAGAGUAUUAUCAAUGCCUGUACGGUGUGGGAAUUUUGAAAAUAUGUCCGGACGGACUCUAUUGGGAUCGGGAGCUGAAUGUUUGCAGCUGGGACUCUUUGCAUUGUGCCGAUGACGAAAACGAGUCCACCGAAGCACCGACCUUGAAUUGCGCAUCCGGACUACCAUUUUUGCCCUAUCUACCGGACUGCAACAAAUUUAUCCAGUGUGUUUACAACAUUGGGUUUAAACUGAGCUGCCCGGGUGGCUUGUACUGGAGCCAACCUCUUCAAUCGUGUGACUAUACGUGCGAUAAUACGAUUGAGUUUACGGGUUCACACCAGGUGCAAUAACCGCCAAUUGACGAGGAAGUAUUUUGUAAUAACCAAAAAUGUACAUUAAUACUUAGCAAAAUAAAGAAAGAGCAAUACAACGUAA